CAAUUUGGUUUUGACAUUUCGCUCUUUCAUGUGCUUUGCGUCAAAAAGCACGUCGCGCAAAAAUAUUUUUGUUUAUUAAAACACGAUGGCAAAAUCCCUGAGAAGCAGAUGGAAGCGCAAAUGCCGAGCCAUAAAGCGCGAACGUUAUGCUGUGAAAGAAUUGGCGCGUUUGAAGAAAAUGUUAGGUGUAAAAGAGGAAGAUAAACCAGAAACUACCACGGACGAGGUUAUGGAGUCUGACCAAGUGAUAUUCUUAGACGCUGGAGCUAUAAACAAAAAGAAAAACAAGAAAAAAGUUGAGGAGCCACCCGAAAAGGAAGACGAGGACGUCGAAAUGAGUUCCGAUGACGAAAAAGUGGUUGUCGAUGACGACGGUAAGAAAAGAGUAUUUAGUACAAAAACAUUGAAAGAUCAAAAUGGACAGUAUCCUGUUUGGCUACAUAAGAGGAAAAUCGCUAAAAUCAACAAAGUCGGCAAGAAAAAUACUAAGAAAAGGUCUAAGAAUAAGAAACGAAAGAGGUUAUAAUAAAUUUGUGUUUAAAAA